AUGGAGGCGCAGCAGCAGGUCGCGGAGGUCUUUGGGCCCGAGGCACGCCGCGGCGAGCUGGCGUCGCAGAUCGAGGCCGCCGUGCUGACGUUCGUCUGCGCGCUCGCAGAGGCUGGUGGCGAGGGCGGUGCAGAAGUGCCGCGAGCAGGUGCUGCAUGUGCGGUGGCCGCUGUAAAGAUUCUGGACGAACGACGCUCUGCUAAGGCCGCGAGUAUGCACGCGGGAGACCGUCUGGCCUCUGAGCUGACCUCGCUAUUGGAUCUGCCCGUAGCUGCGGAUGCGCGUGGGCACCAGCCUGGGUCUGCGGGGGCGCUGGACGUCGCUGGCAAGACGUGCAGGCUGAGCGGCGCGGCUAAGCGGAUCCGAUUUCGGCGCUUGGUGUCGCUGCUGGACAGCGUUCAUGAUCUCCUGUCCUCUGGGCGGCACGCCUCGCAGCGAGAGCUCUUCUACACGCAUGCGGCACUGUUCAGCAAGCAGAGGCAGAGUGACGGCCUGAUCAAGACGCUGUGUCGGGCGCUCGGCGUUCCCAGGCACUAUCUCCGUGUAGUGGGCUCUGCGAGGGGCUUGGUGCGUGGCCACCUCCGGAUUCUUGAGCCUGGCCUCGCAGGGCCAGGCGGUGCGGGCUGCUGGGUGGACGGCAUGGACCCUCUUGAGCCGCGUGGCCAUUCCAUCGCCCCAAUCUGCGCCCACCUUGUCAGUGUGGAGUCUUCUACGCGGACUGUUCUCAUUGUCGAGAAGGAGACUGUCUUUCAGCGACUUCUGUCCGAAGGCUUCCUGGAACACCACAGGCCUUGCGUCCUGAUAACUGCGCGCGGUUUUCCGGACCUGCCUACUCGCUACCUGCUUCGGCGCAUCUUUGUCGAUUGCGCUUCGCCACGCGUGUUCUGUCUCGUAGACUACGACCCCUCUGGCCUCGUGGUAGCCGCCACCUACGCUUUCGGACCAGAGGACGCGUGGAUCCAGGACGAUCUGUCGAUUCCUCUUCUGGUGCCGUUGGUGUGCCCAGGCGGGGCGGCUGGUGCAGGACGCUUCGGUCUCGGCGAGGGUGACACGAUGCCGUUGACGCCUCGUGAUGAGUCACUGCUGCGUGGUUUGCGCAAGCGCUUGCUCCACAUGCAGUCGAGGGUGCAGCCGGAAUUGCUUGAACCUUGGGAGCGUUUCGCAACUCAGAUGUCCAAGGGUGGCAUCAAGUAUGAGAUCGACUCCCUCAGUGGCCUUGCAUCACUGGUUGACUGUGUGAUGGAAGCCAGUGGAGCGUGA